AUGGAUCAAAGUUUUCUUCAGACGUGGACUCGACCCGGACCCGGUCAAAGCAAAAUUUUCAGACCUGGACCCGAGCCCGGUCAAAAUAAAAUUUUUGGACCCGGACCCGGACCCGAGCGGGUCCGGGUCGGUGCUCAAAUCGGUGUUCGUUUACCAAAUAAAAUAUUUAUUCAUGCUGUUGACCAAUUUCUUAAACAUUUACGAAAUGAAACAAAUAAAGAUUAUGCAUAUGGUAAUGAUUCUUCAAAAGAGGCAGUCGAUAAUAAUGAUAAGAUUUUGAUUGAACCUUUAUCAACAACUAAAGGAACUUCUCUUGAACGAACAGUAGAAGAUAUGGUAACACUUGAAUUUGUCGAAAAGUUCCGUAAAUCAUUUGCUGAAGCUGAUAUUGAUAAUACAGAUACAAGUUGUGAUGAUGAAGUUGAUCUUUCAGAAUAUUUAACAUAUAUUUUAUUUGAACAUCAAAAAAGAGAAAUAAUGUAUGAUAUGCCAAAACCAAUGCCUUAUCCAAAUAAUCCAAAAGAAUUUACAUUAAAAAAUCUUUCACUUGAUCUUUAUAUUGGUUUUCAUUUUUUUCCGGGAAUAUCACGUACUGGUAAAACUCUUGAACAAAUUGAUUGUACAUAUGGACGAUAUAUAUCAAUAUCACGUAAUGGUAUUGUAUCACAUUGGUCAUUAUCAUUAAAACUUAUACGAGAAUCAAAAAUUCAAUCAAUUGAACAAAGAAAACAAACUCUUCCAUCAUGGAUAACAUGUACAUGUGUUCUACCAGAUAUGAAUUAUUUUGCUAUAGCAACAACAGAAAGUGAUUUAAUUUAUUAUGAUAUAAAUUCACAUACAUAUACAGGUUCUAUUCUAUUAUAA